AUGCUCAGUUUAGUUUUUCCCCCGCGGAAACACUGCUGCAGCGGAUUCACAAAAUCGUUUUUGCUCAGCCAGGCAAAUUUGAAUCGUUCCACAUUUACCCGCACAAGUGGCAAACGUUUUUUUUUCCUGAGAAGGGGCUUCAAAGAACUAUGUGCACGUAAAGGUGGAAUCCACAUUGGGCAUACUAGGAACGCUUCCUACUCGUCGACCGCAGGUGGCAUUAACGAGGAGGCCACUUUCAGCGGUAGGUUGCAGGAUGAUCGCAGAGUAGGUGCAGGAGCGCCCUGUGGAGAGGCGCCCCCCGAGCAGAUUCCCCCCUCGCCUCAAAUAAAUGGAAACCCGUCCAACGUAGUCCCACUAAAACCGAAACGGGGGGAGAAUGCAGAACCCCCUCUCUGCAAGAAGGAAAACGGAGACGACAUCAACAUAGAGGACGCAGAAGAAAUUGACAAAGACGCAAAGAGGAGCCUUCUGGAAGUUUUCAAAUACAAGAAAUUCACAGAUGUACAAAAAAUAAUAUACGAAAAUGUUAUAAGAGAAAAAAAAACAAAUGAUCUACUCGUUCAGGCAAAAACAGGGACAGGGAAAACCAUCUCCUACCUACUUCUAGCAAUAAAUGACAUCGAAAGAAACAAAAUUAUGAGUGUGCACACACUUAUAAUAGUGCCCACAAGAGAACUGGCAAAUCAAAUUUAUAACGAAGCAAAGAUGUUGUUAACCUUUAAAAAUAAUAUUAACGUAUUAACCCUAAUUGGAGGAAUCAAAAGAAGAGAGGAUCAAAUAAAUUUGAGAAGAAUUAAACCAGACAUAGUUAUCUGCACAGUAGGAAGGCUGCUAGAUCACUUUGAAUGUACAUACUUAUUUAACACUCUUUUUGAUAAUUUGAAAAUGCUAAUAAUUGAUGAAGCAGACCAGCUACUAAGUUUGGGUUACGAAAAUGAUAUCAACAGAAUACUAACCUAUUUACCAAAGAAGAGGAGAAACUUACUCUUCUCUGCAACGUUAAAUCAUAAUUUAGAUGACAUAAGACAGAAAAUGUGCAAGCCAGACUAUAUGUUCCUAAACUGUGUAAAAGACCCCUCAAAACAUACGAACGAACAGCUAAAGCAGUAUGUCAUUUUUCACAAAGCAGUUGACACGACUGUUAUUCUAUACAAUUUAUUGAUGGAACAUAUGAGAUUAAAUCAGUUCACGUACAAAAUAUUAGUGUUCUUUCCCACUGCUAGAGCUACAUGCUUUUAUGCAAAUUUUUUUAAAACUCAGCUAAAAAUUUCCGUUUAUGAAAUUCACAGAAAAAAAGAACCCGCUCAAAGACAAAUAACAGCUAACCGAUUUGCUGUAGAAUCUGUGGGAAUAUUAUUCACCUCAGAUAUAAGUUCCAGAGGAAUUAACUACCCUGAUGUAACCCUAAUAAUUCAAGUAAAUUGUGCCAUUUCCAGGGAGCAAUAUAUACAUCGCGUUGGUAGAACCGCCAGAAGCAACAAAGAUGGAACAGCCAUUUUACUACUCAAUGAAGCAGAUGAAUUGUUCUAUCAACAGAUAAAAGAUCUAAAUAUUCAGAUAUUAAAUCCAAAUGAUUAUUUAUUAAAAAAUGUUAACGUAUCCAAUUAUCUGAACAGCUGGAUGUCCAAUACGCAGCUCCUUUACUUGGCUUAUGCGUAUUAUUCUUCGCUCCUCCGAUUUUACAAAACGAAAUACGCUACGCUUAAACUAUCAGAUGAUGAAAUUAUUGACGUCGUUAAUAAUGCCCUGCUUUCCACUGGGCUGGUUGAGCAACCCCACAUUUCGAGCAAGCUAGCUAUAAUGUUAAAUAUGCAAAAUAACACCAGGCUCAAAAUUAGGAAAGACAUUGACGAUUUGCUGCUUUAG